GUUAUUUAUUAAAUUGCUUAUUUAUGUCAAAAUACUACAGAGCACAAUGCUUAUUAUAGAUUUAUAAAAUGGAGUAAAAAUUGACUUCAUUGUAAACUAUUUGAUUUUUAAUAGUUUUCUGAUAUGGGAACAGAGCUCUGUUCCCAGGAAGCUGCUAACUCAGGAACAGAGUUGUGGCACUAUCCGUAAUUUCCAUCUCCUGGGAAAGGGUGAAUUUACUUCUAGGCUUGCUUUGCUCUUAGUGGGGUAUUGAGCAUAAGGACUGUUUCACACCUAACGGAUAUGUAGGGAUUUUUAGUCUGGGUCAGAUAACUAUGAAAUGGGAGUGGUCUCUUUUCAUGUUUCCUUCUCUAGCUCUGCCAACUCUGACCUGGGCCUUUUCCAAGAGGACAUAGUAGAGGAGAGAAUGGCAGCUGUACCUCUAACAGCCAGAUGGCAGAAGUCACUCAAGUUUAAGGAUGUGGCUGUGAAGUUCUCAAAGGAUGAGUGGAAGCAGCUGGUCCCUACUCAGAGGGCUCUUUACAGGGAGGUGAUGCUGGAGAAUUAUCAGGGUUUUGUUUCUUUGGGACUUCUAGUUCCUAAACCUGAUGUGAUUUUCCAGUUGAAAAGAGGUGAAGAGCCAUGGAAACUUGAUUUUCAGGAAGAUGAAGAAAGAGAAGCCCCAGGAAGUACUUAUUUAGACCAGAAUGCUAGACUUGAGAGCUGGGACUCAACUAAAAGCCAGGAUAUUUCUAAAAAAGGAAAGUUGCAAAAGACACUAAUGGAAAAACUCAGAAAAGAUGGUCCUCUGGGUCCUGCACUUGGCUCAGAAAACCUCAGGGGCACAAAGAAAGAACAUCUAUCGGGGGAGAUUUUGAAGAAAUCCUCCCCCAAGGAGAAGGACUCCAGGCAAAGAUCCACUCCUGCCAAGAAAACCAACAGUAAGGGGAGAAACUUUGAAUGCAGCAUAUGUGGGAAGACCUUAUAUAACCACUUAUCCCUCACUCGCCAUCAAAGGACUCACACCGGAGAGAAGCCCUACAACUGUAAAGAAUGCGGGAAAGCCUUCAGCUAUAGAAGUAGUCUUAAGAAACAUCUGAUGUCUCACACUGGGAAGAGCCCCUUUGAAUGCAACGAAUGUGGGAAAACUUUCUAUGACCGAUUAACCCUUACUGAACACCAGCGAACUCAUACCGGAGAGAAGCCCUUUAAAUGUAACGAAUGUGGCAAGGCUUUCUUUGUCCGCUCAUCUUUUACUCGCCAUCGGAGAAUUCAUACUGGAGAAAGUCCUUAUGAGUGCACAGAAUGUGGGAAAUCCUUUAGCCAGAAGAGCAUCCUCGCUCGCCACAAGCUCACUCACACUGGAGAGCGGCCUUAUGAAUGCAAGGGCUGUGGCAAAGCCCUGUUUGACCGCUCCUCCCUCAUUCGCCACCGGAGAGCACACACUGGAGAGACCCCUUUUGAAUGUAAUGAGUGUGGGAAAGUUUUCUUUGACCGCUCGUCCCUUAAUCAGCAUCAGAAAAUUCAUAGCGGAGACAAGCCCUAUGAGUGCACUGAAUGUGGGAAAGCCUUCCUUCAGAAAAGACGACUUACUCAGCAUCAGAGAGUGCACACUGGAGAAAAGCCCUACGAGUGCAGCGUGUGCGGGAAGGUGUUCAGUUGUAAGUCAUCUAUCAUCCAACAUCAGCGACGUUAUGCCAGGCAGCCGUCAGAAUGUCACAGAGGUGCUCCAGCCCGGCAGGGGGCCCCCACAGAGAGUUAAGAUGCUUUUAUGCAAGAUAAUGAAGAUUUGUGUUUGAGCACCUUCUAACUACCGCAUAUUCUCAUGUCUCCAUUUGGUACUAGAGGCUCAAUAAAUAGUCUUAAUGGACCGUGCCAUAGACUUCCACUGGGAUGCCUCAUACUUAAUAUAAUACCCCGAGGAUCCCCAAAUUGGUCAGAAGCUCUCCAAUCAAUAUGUUUUGUAAGUGUUUGAAGGGGACCCAGAGAUAAGCAUUGUAUGUUUGUAUUUAUUUAUUUAUUUAUGUAUAAUUAAUUUUUUUAAUUUCUAGACCACUCCAUAAGAACAGGAACUAUUUCAUACCUGUGAGCUGCUGUGUCCUCAGUGUGAUGCCUGCCACUUAUUAUAUAUUUUCUCAAUGAAUGAAUACCUGUCUAGUCAUGAGAACUUGAGUCCUCAAUCAAAAGCACUUUCCAGAACUAGAGACUUCAGUAAGAAAAUUAACAUGAAGCUAAUACAUCUGUAGGACUGUAAAUACCUUCAUGAUAAUUGUGCUAUUAGCUCUUAAUCUACUCUUCUUUGAGGUUCCUGGAGUCCUGGUUUGGGUAUGCCCUGUUCUUCACUAGGGACGUCAUCCAGCAUCAGUUGGCUCUUCUGAACUUUGGCUCUUCUGCCCUCUAACCUGACCCUGAACUUUGGCUCUUCUGCCCUCUAACCUGACCUUUGGUCUCUAGUAGACUAACCCAUCACCCUUGUUUCCAGGUUAGCGGUUGUGUUUUUGUGUUACAUGUGUUUACUCUCACUGAUAACUAAAAUUCCUUAGUGUAGUUCUGCCAUUCCAUCCAUAUUUUGACAUAACACCUUCCCUUUCUCACAUUGUAUUCGUGUAUAAAUGCUGAAGGGAAAGAAUAUUUAUGCCGAAAGUUCUCAGUCCAGUUGCAAGCCAGCUACAGCCAUGGCAGCUGGGUGGGGUUCCAGGCUGAAGAAGUCAGCCACAGUGAACCAGGAGAUGGCGCUAUGUCUAAUCUCAAAGAAUAUCACAAAGCAAAGUUAACUCCAGGCAUAGGUCAUCCAUGAGCAGUCCUCCUUUAGUACUAAAGCAGCAGACAUGAGGCUGUAGCUGAGAGCUGGGCCACCGGGUCUAUGAGACAUGAUGUCCUCCUUGCCCUCAACAUCAGUAUCUGUGAAACCAAAAUGCAGACUGUCCUAUCCACACCUACACAGUGGAGGCAGAGAUUG